AUGAUUGAAAAUCUUUCUCCGGUCUUCAAGACUGCACUUCCCUGCGCCCUGCGCAGCUCGCCUCGGAAGUCCUUGUCACCGCAAGGGGGACGAAAUACAUUACUUGCGGUCGCCCUCUCCUCUCCUGCUCGUGUGAUGACCGAUUACUUCGGCAGAUCGAUUGCGGACACCGAGUCCCAAGAACGCCGAAUCCAGCUCAACGCCUACCUGAAGGAUCAGCUGUCCCAGCUGAAACGCCCCGAUGUUCGAGCGCUGCUCGACUCCCGUCGCGCCGCCGCCCUUCACGGAGCCUCUCCCGUCAUCUCCUCCUUCUGCCAUCCGGAACGUCCGCCUGCCAAGGAACUGGUCUCCAAUGUCCGGAUGUUGAUGCCUUCUCCUGGCACCGUCAAGUCGAUCUUGAAACCCUCCGGAACGUUCGCCCGCAAGGCUGCCGCUCGCGUAGCCCGCGUCGCUGACGCUUCCGCCGUGGACGUCAUCACCGACAUGAUGGAGAAGCUCACCAUCCAGGACUCCCCACUGGUUCCUCGCCGCGCGUCCAGGGUCCGCUGGGCCGACCUGGCCUCCAAGGAGAAAAGGUUAGUUCAACAGCGUUUGAUCACUAACUGGCAGACGAAGGUCGACGUUGUGCCGUGGGAGGUAAGUCAGUUGGGCUUGAUUCGGCAGACCAAGAUCGAAGAAGAACGGGGAGCUGAAAUUGCUGCGGUGAGUUGUGGAUUUGUCGAUGGCAAAUGUGUCGCUGGCACUCCGGAUGUAGACCUUGUUCGAGAGAACAAGCCUCAGGUCAAGUCUUCCAGGGUUCUGCGUCAUGUCUUGCUCCGGGAAACCUCUGCACGCCGCUGGCAUUCUCACCGGCCACCUACCUUCUUCGAGAAGAUCCGUCCUUGGUGCAUUGGCGCUGCCGCUGUUGUCGCCGUUGUUUCCGCCUUCACCUUGCUCUAG